CUGGUGUGAUUUAAAUUCAGAUGACAAGACCUGAACUGAUAUGUCAAAAGUUGGAAAAGAUAAAACUUCAACAAACCAAGCUUAACGAGAAUUGUUUCAUAAAUUAGAAGUUUUUGCAAGUGCAUCGUGUAUUGUGCUAAAUUUUCUUGGAUGUCGCGGGUUAUACACACGGUUGGGAUCGAUCAUGCGUAGGCUGACUAGGCCAUGAUAUUGAAGGGCAACUUAAAAUUUUGUAUUUUUAUUGUGAAUGUGGAGUGCAUUUUCAAAAAUAUUCAAUAGGAACUCUGGCCUAAAGAGAAAUCAAAGUGGCGAAGUCACAUCGGAACCAACUGAUCAAUCGGAUAAUUUAGACAUGGAUGAUACGUUUACAAAACAGGCCAAGCAUAGAGCUUCCAUCAAAUGGCUGCUUUCAAAAGCAUUUAACAAUAAAGUUCCGGAAAACUUAAGAGAACCGUUUUAUAAGGAUCAUGAGGGCCAAGAGCAUCUUAAACCCCAAAUUGUGGGUGGUUUGGCUAAUGCGGAGAUCUACUGCCGUUCGUUGGCAAAUAUUUAUUCAGACCCUAAUUAUCAUAGCCUCAAUCACAGUGCCAUUUUAAUGACAUUGUCAAGGAAAGGUGUCUCUAUCAGUGAACCAUCUGAUGGAGGUCAACUUACGGAAACAACCCUUAUUCAAACAAACCCUUUGCGAAUGAAUGCCCAUAUGGUUGUGAUUGAAUCCAUCAUGCUUUUGUACGCAAGAGAAGUAGUAACACCAGAUCGCGUGUUGGCCGCUGUUCAACGUUUUAGUCACGGGCAGGGACCGCCACCCCCAAUGCCUAAAAAUCAUGAACAGGGGCUAUUAAUGUGGGUGGAAAAGGCGUGUGAAGCGCUUCAACAGCGUCUGGAACAGGAUAGGUCUGAAAGUACCGCACUGUCGAAUGGUGGAGGGGGCGAUAAACCGAGGCAACCGCAUUUUCAUUCUUGUCGCGACUUGAAGGAUCUAUGCGAUGGUAGCAACUUGGCAGCUCUAAUUUCCUUCUAUUGUCCUGAUGAACUUUCCUGGUCUGACAUCAAAGUUUCGCAAGUGCCCUCAGUUCAGGGCAGUUUGCAAAAUCUUCAAAUCAUACAUGAGUUUUGUGAUCGUUGUCUGCCAUCGUCCAUAUUUCAUUUAGAACCUGAGGAUAUUUUUUACAUGAGCGAAUCGUUGAAGUCAAAUCUUAUUGUUUUUCUCGCGGACCUGUUCAAUGUCAUAGAAAUCCAUCCAGCCAAUUGCAUUAAAGAAAAGAUUUGUGGUGAAGACUUUCCUGCUCGCAAUGCUCACGGCGUUGUGCAUAAACGUAAUCUACUGCAGCCGGUUGUGAACCCCAUACCGGAUCUGCGCAGCGGAAUAGAUAAUCCUACAUCUUCUGCCACUUUUCAAGUUAACAAAUCUGGAUCUGGCAACCCACAACUUCGGAAGGUCAAUUCCCUGCAACAAAGUCAGCAGUCGCUUUCAGAAUUUAGUGAAGAUAGCAUAAGACCUAGCACAGAUGAGUCGUUUGUCGUUUAUAAAGGGCGUAAUAUUCCUACAUUGAGAUCGGUACUUAGUGAAGAUCACAGCAAACUUAGGGGGACCAAGGAGAGACAGGAUGAAAGGGCUGAAGUGGCUGCUGGCAAACCGAGUAAUUGGGAUGAGAACAAAAAGACUGGCUUUGCGGGUAGAAGGAGCAGAAGAAAUUCUAUGACUGACGAAUCUCAAUUAACUAUCGAAAACUUCGGCGGUAGUCAGGAUAAUCUUAGUUUUAUUGGCCGUAAUCCAGACAAAGAGGUAGCUGUUCAUGUGGGAAGGAAAAUUUCCGCGCCAUCUUUCCCUGUCGCGGUGGAAAAUCCAAGGGUUAGAUCGUCGGUACAAGACGCUAGGGGCUCUCUCCAAUUAGGUUACGAUAAUGGCUGUGAAAAAGAAGAUAGCGUCCCGGAAGACAGAUUGAAAAGACAAAUGAGUAGUGAUGACAUUACGUUAAUGAAUUUUAAUUUAAGCAAGGAGAAAUCAGUUAAAGAUUUGGUGGAUGAUGAAGCGAACAACCGUAUGAGCUUUGCUGAUUUGGGGAAACAAAAGAAUAUAGGUGAAUAUAGGGGCAUAAAUUUUAUGAACGUUCAAGAGAAGGAAGACUAUCGUCCAAAGUCGAGUUUCCUAAACAAAUCGACAAAUGGUAAUGCUGAGAAAAAGACAUCUUUUGAUACAUUGCCCAACACAACCACGUGGCAGCAGCAAAGCUUGAACACGCAGAGCCAUGAAACCAGUAAUGGAAAUGAUAAUUUGGCGGGGAACAAUAUAAUGGCAACACAGCUUAAUGAUAUUAGAUUGAAACUUGAAGAAAAACGCCGGCAUAUCGAAAGUGAAAAGAGAAGAAUGGAAAUGGCCAUGAACAAACAGAGGCAGAAAGUUGGUAAGGCAGCAUUCCUUCAAGCUGUUACAAAGGGGAGAGGUAAUUUACUAAAAUCACCAAGUAAUUCUAAUGACCAAAGCCCAAAUGAAAAAUCCCCCAGCCCACUUCCUGAAGUGACAGCAACAUCAAAACCUCAGAGGCCGUUUUCAUUACAGGAAAUAUCCAGUGAUGUAUCAAAUGUAGAAAGAAAGUGGUUUGAUAAUAAUCAACCAUAUCUAGAGACAAGACGGACUCCCGACUUGGAUAACAUGGAUUUAGAACAAUAUCAAAAAUCCAUAGCUCAAAUGAAUUCUAGUCUCACCGAUAUUCAGUCGGACAUACAGCAAUUGGCGGCACAGCAAAGUCAGUUGCAAUUGCAACACGAUCAAAAACUCAUCGCCGAUCAGCAACGCCAGAUUUUGCAUAUGCAACAGCAACAGUAUCAGACGAUGCAAAGACAACAGCAACAACAAUAUGCUCAACCCUACUCUCACCAGCCCCAGAUUUAUCAGCAGCAAGGUGUUCCUGUCCAAAUGCAACCUGCGUCAGCUGCACAACCUAUUCCCGUGUCUUUGUUUGGCCCCACGAAGGCGGUGGAAGAACCCCAGUUUUUUCUCCAUGAUCAUGCCGCACCCGUCGCCCCACCCAGAAGAACGUGGGCGCAGCAGUCGCAAUUAUCUCACGACAGGGGCGAACUGAAAACGUGGGGCAAACCGCAACCCGUCGAAGUAGCUUACAACGAAAGUUUCGUGCUGCACGAUACAGCUAGAAGAUUACAGGAACAUGCCAGAUAUCAGGACCUGGCUAAAUCGUCGGAAAACAGAUAUCAUAACGGCGAUCAUUCGAACAGUUUCACUCUUAGUCAGCAGUAUCAUAAACAGUUUGCGACUGCACACAGUACACCUUCAGCUUCGCCGCAACAUCACAAUGUUCACCGGCAAAUAUCUCAGUUGCUAGACAAUGCUGCCACAAAUAAGAGGGUGUCCCUCGUCAGCCUUCAGCAAAUGGAUUGCGGUGUGGGUGGCGGACGGGAACGUAAAACCAGCGUCACCCAUGCACCGGUAGCGGCCCCGCCUGCUGACGACAUGGAACCUCAAAAUAUUUCCUUUAUUGGUAAUAGCGUAGACACGGCGCUAAGUGAAGGUCUCAGUCGCAUCAACAUAGUCUCAGGAACUCGCACAUAUAGAAUUCCAUCACCCACACGUCCACAUAUUUCUCGAAAUUCAUUUCAACCAUCAUCUUCGCCACCUGUCGCUUCUGAACUUCUAGACGAACCGACGGAUGUAGAUGAUACUAGUCAGAAGAAAGGUUUCUAUAUUAGUUUUGAUAAUGAUCAGCCGAAAAGAACAAAACCACCUCUUAGAACAAAAAGAAUGUCUCCCAAAAAGGAAAGGAGCUUCAUUGUUGACGCGAGUGAUGAAAUCGAUGAUGUUCCAAGGCCACCCGAAAGACAAGAGAAAUCAGAAAAUCGAAUAAACGAGGGGAGAUUUAGUAAUCAAAGUCAAAAAAUGGAUUAUUUAAUUGGUCAGGAGCGGGAAAAGUUAAGAGCAAAACGAGAGGCUAGUCAAGAAAAGCAGAAAGUGGCAGCUGCCAGUGCGAUAGUUAUAGGAAAUGAGCUCACAAAUCCCAAUCCGGAGGUGGUUGAUGAAUUGGAAAGAAAGAAGGAGCGGUUAUUAAUGUUAUCAUUGCAACGGAGACAGCAACAAGAAGAGGCAAAAGCUAAGAAAGAAGCGGAAACACAGAGACGGAGGGAAUUUGAAAAGGCGAAAGAAGAAGAGAAAGCUAGAAAGAAAGAGGAGCAGGCGGCGAGGCGAGCUGCCAUCUUGGAGCAGUACAAGUUGAAAAAAGCGAUUGAAGAAGCUGAAAGAGAAGGAAAGAUUCUAGAUAAACAAGAACUGUUAAGUCUCAAACCAACACCAAAAAUGCGUUCCAAAGGCACCACUCGCCCCAGGCCAAAAACGAUUCACAUAGACAGUGGUUCAGUGCAGCUCGCUGAAGGCCUGUCAAGUAGGGAUAGAAAGGGCUCUACGUCAAAUCUGACUGCUUAUUCACCGGCAACUAUGAAGCGCGAUUAUUACCGAGGGUCUCAAGAUAGUUUAAACGACAGAAGCAUGAGCAGCAAUAUGCUUUAUAGAGAUUCACCAGAUGACAGCCACGGUAUGUCACCUUGCCACAGUGCAAAUCAGACUUUAGGAAGACGGAGUUCAUACAAAACCAGUAGAGACCCCUCCCCCGCCCAGGUCCGUGGCAGACCUAAGAUUUCAACUUAUCAAAACUUUAAAGGGCGCAAGUCUAGCUCUAUGAUGAAUUUGUAUGGCUCAAGUACUGAUCAAGACAGCUUAGCUUAUAGAUUUGGUGAUACAGAUUCAGGUUUGGGCAGAGCUACACCGCCACGAAGAGCCCCCUCUCCAGGGAUGUCUCUGCGACACCUUCCCUCUCCUUCUGGACCGGGUAGCCUCCCCGGUUUAAUGUCGAAGGGUCGAAGAGCAUUUGAUGACGGAUCCAGCGAUAUUAGUUCGACGCCUAGUAGUAUGAUGGAUUAUUCAGGUCCAAAGUUGUAUAAGCAGCCCGCUACCAAAUCUAAUCGUAGCAUUAUGCUAAAUGCCGUCGAAUAUUGCGUAUUUCCAGGCGUAGUCAAUCGAGAAGCAAAAAGGAGAGUUCUAGAAGAAAUAAACAGAUCAGAAAGCAAACAUUUUCUCAUUUUAUUUCGGGACGCCGGCUGUCAGUUUCGAGCUCUCUAUUCAUACUGUCCCGAUACAGAAGCAGUUAACAAAUUAUACGGCACUGGCCCAAAACAAGUGAAUGAUAAGAUGUUCGACAGAUUUUUUAAGUAUAACUCAGGUGGCAAAUGCUUUUCACAGGUGCACACUAAACAUUUGACUGUUACAAUAGACGCAUUUACAAUUCAUAAUUCGUUAUGGCAGGGUAAAAAAGUUAAUUUGCCUAAUAAGAAAGAUAUGGCUCUUGUUGUGUAGUGACAUUUGAGCACGUUUUUUUUUCUCGCUUUAUUAUUAGAUAUUUUCUAUUGUUAUCGCGACUUACAAUAAUUUUUUUUACUCCCUUUUUUCUAAUUGCCUGCUGCAGUUUAUUUAUGAAGCCUAUUAUUAGAAACUUUAUACAUUAGCAAUUGGUUACCUACUAGAUUUUAAACAGCGAAAAUGUGAUUUAAAAAUGUUUGUCUUCGUGCAGUCAUUGUUAAAAAGUCAAAAAUCCAUUUUCGGAUCUAAUCGAAAUAUCUUUAAGGUAACCCCUUGCUGUUUUACUAGGAAUUAAUUUUUGUACCCAAUUCAUUAUUUUUAAUGCUACUUAUAAAUAUUUUUUGUACCAUGUGCCUUUUGUAUUUGUAUAUUUGAAGUAUUUCUUUGCUUUUCGUUAUUGAACAAAGCUUUUUAUUUAUGCCAAUUUAGUCAAAAUUAAUCAAGCUUAAAUUAUUUAAAAAAAAGAAUCAUUCCAUUACAAUUGAUUAGAAUUUGGCUCUCAUUUGACAUCAGUGUUGUAUAUUUUUAUUUGGUUCAACCCCUCCUACUUAUGAUUUUCUGUUUAUUCUUCCAUUGUACUUUAAGAAACCCUUACAGUCUUAUGUAACUGAUAUGAGUGUAUUUACAUUAAUAGUUUUUUUGUCUGUAAAUAUGAUUUUAUAAUAUAUAGAUAUUUAUUAAUACACAAAAUGAGUCAAAAAUACUUUAAUAAAAUUGC